AUGACCUCAAGUUCUUCAAAAACACGACAAACGAAUCAUGUUCUUACAUCUUCUCGAGAUCGUCCUUCUUUAAUUAGUCCACCAAUUCAAUCUAAUAAUUCUGGUGCUACCUGUUCUCAAUGUCAUCAAGUUAUAAGAUCAAAUAAAAGUAGUGGUGGUGCUUUUGAAAGUACUUUACAACGAGUAUUUCCAGGUGCUUAUGGGUUAGAAGAUUUUGUUUUUCAAACAAAGCAAACUUUAGUUCCAGAAGGCUUCUAUCCUCAUGUCAAUACUUUGGUUUGUGUUGGUUUAUGUCGUGACGAAAUUACAAGUCCUCUUGAAGAAGCAAUUGAAAAUAUGUGGGGACAAGGAUUCAUUUGUGGUUCUCUUGCUGGUAUGUUAUUUUGCGGUAAAACUGGUUUCGCUGCUGCACAUCAUCAUGCACCGGAUAAUGGUCGUUUUAUUUAUUAUUGUUUUACUCAUAUUGCUAUUGAUCAUGAAGGAUCAAUAGGUUCUGUUUAUAGAACACGUAGUGUUCGAUCAGUCAAAUCUUUGAAAAGUGGUCUAUGGGCAAAAACAAACUAUACCACGAGACUCAGCUCGUCGAGCUCUACAAACUGGGAUAUAUCCCGUUAA